GCAGCCAACAUCAUCUCAACUCUUGUCCUCCGUCGCUCCAUGACAUGCCUCGAGCCACACACCCCGGUCCUGCUGCCCUCCGGAACCGCAACAGGGUCACCAACAAGACGCGCCUCAAGGUUAUCCGGGGAGACACGAUCGAAGCCGACUCGAUUGUCCUCGAUGAAGAUGAGGAGAAGGCCAGAGUCGUCUCUACGGCUGGUGUGGACGCUGAGGAUGCGAACGAACACCAUUUGCAAGCCGUGCUCACUGCCGCGGCGUCUCGGCAUCAGGCCACAACGCGCAGCACACGAUCCGGCGACGCGAAGGACAAGGAGAGCGCCCCCGCCGCAUACAUCCCGACUCCAGAUAGCACCGGCGUAGUGCAGAAUUAUGACGAGCUGUAUCCCCCCGGUCGUUGGAAGGACACUCACUCGCACGUUCGGUCCUCUGACACCGUCGAGGAAGCGACGUCGUUCGCACUAGCGAAUGGUUUCAUCUACUAUAUGGAUGAGCGGGACAAAGAGUGGCUCGACAAGAACAACGAGCAAGCUCGCGGGGAGGGCAUGAGCUCGCAAGGGUCUGUGUCGAGUUCCAGCACCCGUUCUGGUCGCAGCGCCAAGGCGAAGGGAAAGGAGCCCGACAUCGUCCAAGCCGUUACCAUAACCGAAGACGAAUUCGAGCUCGUCAUGGCGAUCUUUGAGAAGGUCACGCACGAGAAGACGGAGUUCCUUCAUCAUGUAAGUUCGCUCCCUGUUCUUGAGCUUGGUACGCGCCCAACUCCGCGGCAGGCUUUUGAGCAGGGCGUUCCAUUUCCUCCCUUCUCCGACUAUCAAGACACCUUCGCUUUUCCCCUUCGAUCCGACAUGUUUGCCAUAUACUCCGUCCCCGAAUGGGUUCCCCCACCUCAAUCAAUGUUGCACUUUGCGCGAAUCAUCUAUCCUUACUGGCGCGAGCGGCGACAAGAACGCGGCGGUCACCGCAUCAUCCCUGCUGUCAACCUCGAUGAAAGCGACACCAAGAACGAGUCAUACAUUUGCUUCAGGCGUCGUGAAAUUAAGGCUAUCCGUAAAACCCGUGCAUCGCAAGCCUCGUAUUCGGAUCGUAUGGUUCGGUUGCAGAACGAGCUCGCGAUGGCCCUCGACAUUGUCCGGCUUGUACAGCAGCGCGAGAUCCUCAAAAGGGACUCGCACAUACAUGGCCGCAAUCUGUGGGAUAAACGGCAGACUUUGGCGGACCUCAAACGCGCGCAUCCGUCACUCGGGAGCAAGGAGGACGACGAGCUCUUUCUCGACAAGGAGAAGCCUCCGAAGAAGCCCAAGGUCGAGACAACUCGUCCAUCACUGAAACUUCGUCAUCCUCCACGCGAGAAUGGCGAGGUGGGCUCUCCUGUCGCUCAGCCCACGCCUGUGAUACGCCCCAAGGAGCGAUGUGCUGCUAUUAGGAGCGCCAUCGAGGCGGAGAUGCAGCGUCAGAAAGAGAAGGACAAAUCAUGGGAAGAUGCAGUGGAGAACCCGUAUCAAUCGCUCCCUGUCAGCUACGACGCUCGCCAGUUCAAGUUUCUCCCUAAGGAGGCUAAACCGAUUCCCCGCCACCAGCUGUUCAACGAGGAUGAUGAGAACCCUGUCAAGUAUCACGUCGCUCGGAUACGGAGGGGUCGCGGCGGACGCAUGCUGCUCGAUCGUCGUUCCGUUAAUUGCACGCUACGAGCCGCGAACUUUGACAAGACUGACGUCGAAGAGAGGGAGCGCAGACAGAGGAUCGAGGAGCGAUGGAGGUAUGACGCCGACGACACCCCUCCGGUGGGCCCCCGCGGGAUGGAGGAGCAGGAUCGGAAGCUGAUUGACGAAACUCAACCAAUCCGACUGACGUUCACUAUGUCCCACCCGGAGGAUUACAUGACGAAGAUCACCAUUGACCCUACAUUACGACUGUCUUCGGGCGAUGUGAAGCCAUUUCAGCUCGGGCCGGUACCAAACGCUAUGCUCAAGCCUCCCCCGCAUCCUUAUCAUCAGCAGGUUGUGUCUUCAGUCCCCGCUGCUAGCGCAGCAAGUUCAUCUCAUUCCCUAUUGGGUCAGGUGAACGGAACCCCGCUCUCCGUCCCGACCCAGGUGAAACUUGCGCAAAUGCGCAUCUCUUCCAACGGUGGCAUGCGCAUGGCGUCUGGCAGUACACCCAAUCCCGCCUCACAUCCUCCCUCUCCCCAUGCGACACCCCUUCCAAGCGGCGCUACAGGCAACCCUGCUGACGGCCAGCGUUCACCGCCGAAGCCUGACCAGGACGUGAAGAUGGCACAUGGUAGUCCCAGCGGUGCGCCUUCACAACUAGACGGUGUGGCUGCGCCCAUGCCAUCUCCUACGCCUGCUCCUUCCAAACCACUCGCCUCGACAGGGAGCGUAAAUCUGCCCAACCUGCCCAAUGGCUACCACAUCCCUGCAAUGAAUGGGUACACCACCGUGCCUAAAGCUGGCUUCGUGCACCCGGGUACGCGGCCCAAUGGUUUGAGCAUACAGCAGAUCCAAUCGCUGCAAGCGAUGCUCCCAGCAGACAAUGUCAACAUUGCGCUCCGACAACCUGGCGCGUAUGUCUUGCCCAACGGCGCGUACCAGAUGCCGAUGGCAGCAGGUCGUCCUAUGCAGUGGCCUAUGGCUGGCCAGCACUCCCCGCCCAACGCGAACGUCGGUAUCGACGUUGUCGCAUCGCAAGGUGCUGCUGGCUCCCCAGGACGUGCGCCGUCCGCGAACGGCAUGCGAACGCCUCAGUUGUCACAAGGGCGACCGAUGCCGAGCCCGCAGGUGCACAACGCCACUCAGGGCACGGCGACUCCCGCGGGGCCUCACAUCGCACGGCUCACACCCCACACCCCUUCCCCACAUGUGCUUAGCCCAAAUCUUACCGCGGCGCAGGUGAACGCGCACUCGUCGCCAACACGGACCCCGCAGCCCGCGAUCCCCAACCCGUCGCCGUCGCUACAGUCGAGGCAACUUGUUGGAGGAUCGGGUGCAGCGGGUUACUGAUGCCGACACUCUCGCCGUCGCUCGUAUGGAUUCUAUGCCCGAUAAUCUGAUGUCAUACUCCCCUACUCCGU